AGCGUUGGUGCCUCAGAGGGGGUAUACCUCAAACAACUACCUCACACUACACCGCCCUUACCAACCAACUGUACCAGGCAGAGUUCGCCACAAGAAAGGGAAGCAGAGGGCCCAGAGCUCAAAAAUGACUCCUCAGCAUCUGAAAACAACUGUCAGGCAACAAAGGGCAAAAAUACCUGGCCCUCGGAGAGUGGCUACAUCAGUCCAGCAGCCCAGGGAUGUAUGAGGGACCUCUCCACUCUGGCAAAUAGAGGAGCUCUGCCUGAAAAUGGAAUGGUGGUUGAAGUACCCACUUGUGGAUCAGAAGGGAAGGGCCUUGGUGGUAGUGGUACAGAAAAGCCACUCUGCCCCAGAGGUAAAACAUUGCAGGAAACCAUUUCGUGUUCAGGACAGAACCCAGCUACACCUCCCAAUGCAGACCCCAAUUUGAUGGAAAGCACUGUCAGUCAGUUUUCUCCCUUGUACAUGCCUGGCCUGGAAUACCCAAAUUCAGCUACACAUUAUCACAUCAGUUCAGGCCUACAAGGUCUUGGCCCUGUGAUAGAAGGUAAACCCUCAAUAUCACAUGUUCAGCAUUUUUCCCCGAGGGGCUUUCAUUCUAACAGCCCUCAUUCUGGAGUCUUUCCCCGUUAUCGCCCCCACCAAGGAAUGAGAUAUUCCUACCAGCCACCACCUCAGCCUUCCUACCAUCACUAUCAGCGAACUCCUUAUUACACAUGUCCACAGGGCUUUUCUGAUUGGCAGAGACACCUUCAUCCCCCAGGAAGCCCAAGUGGGCUCCCACCUAGCCAGCCUCCCCCUCCAAGACCCCUCUUCUCGGAUAAGAAUGCCAUGGUUAAUCUACAAGGCUGUGAGACACUAAAUGCUGCCUUAACUUCCCCAACCUGCAUGGAUGCAGUGGCUGCUAAGGUCGGUGCAACUGAUGGGCAGAAUCCUGGUCCAGAGGAAGAGAAGCCAGAUGAAUCUAUGGAGAGGCCAGAGAGUCCCAAAGAAUUUUUAGACCUGGACAACCAUAAUGCAGCUACCAAGCAACAGAGUUCAUUAUCAGCCAGCGAGUAUCUUUAUGGGACUCCGCCUUCACCUCUGAGUUCAGGGAUGGGGUUUGGUUCAUCUGCUUUCCCACCUCAGGGUGUGAUGCUACAAACAAGGCCUUCCUAUACACCUCACCAGCCGGCCAGUCAUCUCCAGCCCAGGGCAUAUUCUUCCCCUGUGGCUGCUCACCCACCUCACCAUCCAGUGGCUGCCCAGCCCAAUGGCCUCUCUCAGGAGGGCCCCAUCUACCACUGUCAGGAAGAGGGCCUGGGCCACUUUCAGACAAUAAUGAUGGAACAAAUAGACACUGGAAGUGGAAUAAGGGGACCUUUUCAAGAAACAUACAGA